AACUAGUGUACUUGGGUGGCUUAACAGUUAGCACUGAUGCAUUUCUUGAUACAUACAUCAAUCACUCUUUUUUCUCCUUGAAUAAAGAGAAAAAGAGGAUAAUUUCCUUUCAAGAAACUCCUGAUUCCUCUCAACUUCCCUUCUUUCUUCCCAUCUGCUGCAUUUAUAACACAUUUCAUCACUCUUGUUAAUGUAAUUAAGUGGGGUAGGAAGAGUUGAUGUCUCUUAAGACACAUUACGAGUGUUAAGGACGUGAGCCUUUUUUGUCACACUCAGUCAUUAGUGGUGUAGUGUGGUGGAGUGAAAGAGGUUUUAGAAGAGGAGGUUAGCUAAAGAAGAAAGCACCUACACCAUGACAAAGGUAGCUUUGGUUUUCAAGUGCUCCCUCUUAUUAAUGACCUGCUGUUUUCUAGUGCCAACCAUGGAAACAUCAGUGCAAGACAAGGCAGAUGCAGCGAUUCCAGUGACAACCCUUUCACCUCCAGAAGGAAACACAACUUUCCUUGAUGGUACCACAUGGUGUGUGGCACUGGCAGGUGUCUCCCAGAUUGACUUGCAGAAUGCAUUAGACUGGGCAUGUGGACUGGGAAUGUCUGAUUGUGGUGCAAUCCAGGAGGGAGGAAAAUGUUAUGAGCCUGACACACUCCUUUCUCAUGCUUCUUAUGCCUUCAAUAAUUACUACCAACAGAAUGGCAACUCCGAUAUCGCUUGCAAUUUCGGAGGAACCGCCACUUUAACAAAAAAUAACCCCAGCUAUGGAAAGUGUCUGUAUGCAGCACCAGGGUCUGAUAGGUCAGCAACACCUCCUUUGUCCAAGUAUAAAUCAAGCUUUUUAUGGUGGGAAAUUGUGGGGAUUUUACUGCUUUUGUACAAGGGAAGCUGAUGCAAGCAGUUGCCUGGGGCAGUGUUCUUAGCAGUUUAGCUGACAAUGGCAUGAAAUGAAAUGAUGAGGAAUCUCAAUUAUGUCCAUUCACCUUCAACUGCUAAAAGUAAAACCAUUGCUUGGCUUUUCUUCAGGCUUGAGGAAGACCUUUGACUCCAAAAUCUAACCAUUUCACUAUCGCGGAUACCAACAGUUGUGGGAAUCCAGAAAACUUUGAUCCAACCAUUUUUAUACGUCUUGAGGUUAUAUAUUUUGUUCAAACCAAAUCAAAAAUUUAUCGGACUCAUUUUGAGAAGUUCAAAUCGACGAUUGGGAAAGCCAAUGUAUGUGGUAG